AUGAAGCCGUCAGCGGACCUGUCGCCGUCGUCGGCCGCCAUGUGUAAGCGCGAGGGGGGGCUCGGCGACGCGUCGAGGCUGACGGAGAGCGAGAAGGAGAAAACGAAGCUGCGCGAGCGGCAGCGGCGCGCCAUAACCACGAAGAUCUUUGCCGGCCUGCGCAAGUACGGCGGGUACAACCUUCCGCCGAGGGCGGACAUCAACGACGUUCUGCGCGCGCUCGCCGCGGAAGCCGGCUGGGUCGUCGAGUCCGACGGCACCACCUACCGCUCCCCCGCGCGCGGUGGUUGCCGUUGUCCCGCUCGUGUGUCCAAUGUUUCGUUGCACGCUAUCUUUCCGUUCUUUACCCACCCAAUCUUCCGUGUUCUUCCCUUCCCGUCCCUCCUCUCUCGCUCCCGUCGCCAGGGGUCGCAGCCGCCCACUCGCCACUCGUCGCUGCACAGUCGCACGGCGGCUGCCAUCGCCGCCGGCUCGCUCGCCAUGUACCCGGCACAGCAGGCGCCGCAGCUGGCGCCGCAAUCGCCGGCGCAGCUGGCGCAUCUACAACAUCCUGCCGCGCACCUAACUCAUUCCGCGCACCCGCACGCGCUUCCCCAGCUCGCCGCAACGCCGUCGGGCGCAACCGCAUCCGUGUCGCCCAUGUCUCCGCGGGAGGCUUGCGCGUCCGCUCCGCUCGUCGGCUCUCCGCCCUCCACCGGCAGCCCCUCGCUGCUUCCCCGUUCUUCCCCCACGUCCGUUCCCGCUUCCGCUGCAGCGUCCGCCAGCGGCGCGGUGGGGGGAACCGGCGGAGGCAUGGCGGGCGGUGGGUUGGGUGGCGCAGGCAUGUACGGCGGCGCGGGCAUGAUGGCGGGAAUGAACGGGUUCGGCCUGCCCGGAUCGUUCCCUGCGAUGCAACUUCCGCACGGCAUGCUUACGCUGAUGCCGCAUCAGCCAGGCACUUCCUCCGCCGCUGCGGCAGGCGGAAUGGGCGCGUUCGCCAUGAGCAUGGGGCCGGGCGGACUGAGCGCGGGUAUGGGCACGGGUAUGGGCGCAGGCUUGAGCGCAAGCAUGGGCGCGGGCACGGCGAUGAGCGCGGGGGGGGACAUGAAGAUAGAUCCGCACGCUGGGGGGAUGCUGCUGGCGGGAACGAACGCGACGGGCGGAAGCAGCGCGUGCAUGAUGGGGAUGCUGGGGGCCGCGGGGGAUCCCAUGUCCGCUGCCGCCGCGGCUGCCGCGGCUGCGGCAAGUGGUGGGGGAAUGAGCGGUGGUGUGGGCGGCGGUGUCGCCGGAGGAAUGGGCGGCGGAUUGGGCGGGGCAAUGAUGCUUCUCCCCGGGUUCCAUUCCCUGCCCCAUGGCGCGGGUUCCUCUGCUGCAGGGGGGAACAUGGGCGGGAUAAUGGGACCCCUGGGGGAGCUACACAUGGGCGGAGGAUUGCUGGGCGGAGGGGGCGGGGGCAGCACUUUGCUCGGGGCGGAAGGAGAGGUUUCGCUGUCCCCGUCGUCGGAUAUCACUCUGUUCAAUGAUUUCGGUCCCGAUGGCGGACCCGCGUUGAAGAACAUGGCUCCGAAGCUGGAGACGUUUCAAAAUCACUUGAAGGAUUCGUUAGGUCUCUCCGUUCCGCAUGUUGACCCCAAGAUUCUUCUCUUGACAGCAAUCGUGUUGGAAGGAGUGGGUGGCAUUUUAUUUACGAUCGGAAGCAGCUUGGGUGCAUACUUCCUGCUACUCUUCCUGGUGGCAGUGACGCCCAUCAUGCAUGACUUCUACAACUUUAAGCCUGAAAGUGCGGAAUACAUCCACGAGUUCAUCCAGUUCCUCAAGAAUCUUUCUUUGGUGGGAGCCCUACUUGUUUACCUCGGAAUGCGCAGCUCUGCAGCCAAGCUCGCAUCCAGGAAGCGAAAAGCCCCUUCCAAGUCCAAAGUCAGCUGA